CUCAGCAGCUCCUGGGAAUCACUGGAGUAAGUAUGCAAAAGCAAAUAUCAAUAAAGAAGCCCCCAGCUCUUCACUUCCUGUAGUCAUCUUCUGCUCGCCAAUUGCCCCUUCUUGCUCACUUCUCGUCGCAGACUACCUUUUAUCACGUUUUUAAUUAUAGUUUUUUCUUUUAAGCAUAUGCACCGGCGGUUUCCUUUUUUAAAUAUAUUAUUAAUUGACAAUUGGUAGUACAAUCUUUUCUCAUUCAGCACCUCAUUUCUCAUUCUUCGCUUGCAGAAUUAGCCUUCUGUACAGCCAGAACAGUGACCAGGAGCUGAAGUAUGAAGCGGCUGCGGAUCGAACUACAACAAAGCCUUAAUGAAGCAGUGGGCUAUUAUCUGCCAGGAGACACUGUAGAAGGUCAAGUUUUAUUAACAACAUCAUCCAGCAUCAAAUACACAUGUCUCAGGAUACACCUCAUUGGGACAGUGACGACCAAGGUUGCCAAGGUAGAAGAGCAAAUCUAUGUUAUGAAUCAGCAAGUGGUCCUUCUCGGUAAUAAAGAUAACUCCGCUGAGUACCUACUUGAUGAAGGGAAGCACAGCUGGGCAUUCCAGUUCUUGAUCCCACCACAGCAUGUUCCGUCUUCUGGAAAGUAUCGUCAUGGAGUUGUCAAAUAUUCAUUAAAUGCAGCAUUGACAUCUGAAGGGAUUGUACUCGGGAUGCAGGAGCUUAAGACCAGUCAUACAAUUCUCGUUAAGGAUCUUAUCAAUGUGAACGCUGCUCCUUACAAUACUCCGACCUCAAUUAAAGGCAGUAGUAAUCUCAAGCCUAAAGGGAGUAACUCUAAGGAUGUUGCUACUGCUAUAAUAAAGCUUUCGCGAACAGCAUAUCUUAAGGGACAAAAGUUACAACUAGAAAUUGAUCUAUACCAUCCUACUAAACUCCAAAGGAAUCCAGGAUGCUUCAUUCAGUUGAUUUGCAAAGAGGAUUAUUUUGCAGGCGAGCACGCAAAAGAAUACGUCCAAACAAUAGCAACCCGAGCGGAGCCUCUUGUCGUUAAAUCGAAUACUCGUACCGGAAAGAUAAUCUCGGAACUGACUAUUCCGGACACCGCAACACCAACGUUAUUAAAAACCAAAACGAUGUCUAUCGAUUACUAUCUUGCCAUACUAUUCGACAUGCGUCCAAAGACAAGCUUUUUGGAAUCGCGUCAUAGCAAGACACUGAAAAGUGCCAUGAAAAACAAGCUGCUAGCCAGCCCCGGUGGAUUCGAAGUCAAGGUGCCUAUUGUCAUUGGCACGAUGUCCAAUAAUUCUAUCACACAAUCCAUUUCCUUAGAGCAUACUCAGAUGCCAGAAUUAAUUCAAUCUCAGACUCAGCAGUUGCAGCAGCUUCAACCUGUUAGAAAUGAUUUGAGCUCUAAUUACUUGACCCCAUUCGGAUCGCCUUCUGGAUCGCCUGCAACCUCCCUCCCUUCUUCCAUACCGUCAUCAAAUGCGCCGAGUAUGAGUGGGCGUUUACCAUCUACAAAUAUCCCACCAAACAUCGCUGACUAUACGUCUGGUCGUGUUCAAGGAAGAGAAGACAGCAUAGGGUAUAAUUCACUCGCUAUGAUCGCAAGCGGACAUGUGAAUAGGCCUAGUCUGGCACCACCAUUGCAGCCCCCUAUGCUGUAUCCAGCUACUAGAAGCAGGAGCUAUUCUGCUGUACCUCUAUUUCAAUCUUCGCACCCCUCCUCUUCAUCUUCCCAUAGCACUAAUCAGCAUUUGAAUUCUCCUGCCGAAUUGAUCUCCAAGCCUCUGCCCGAAAUACCACAGAGCCCCUCUCAGUCUCAGGCUCAGUUUCUGCCCAUUAAUUUUACUAACCCAUCAGUGUCUGCAUCAUCAACACGUUCAACACUUGCUUCUACACUGAGACCAUUUGAAAUGUCACUACCAGCAAUAGGUCUCCGAUGGUCGGAAACAACACCUUAUCCAGAAACUGGAACUUCACCUAGGCCGCCUGUCCAAUCAUCAUUUAGACCAGGAAAUUUUAUGGCGUUGAAUCAUAAUGGAUAUCCUGUAGAAAAGGAAAACGCUACUCAGCAACUCAACCUCCCUUUGCCCAUCUCCUUGUCGGUCGAAAGGCCAACAGCACCCCAUGCUGUGGAUUUAGGCCUAGGUCCUGCUUCGCCCACUGCGGAGCACGCUCAGAUCUUUCCUUCAUCCCGUCGUUAUUCUGAUCCUGCAACGCCAUCUCGUGGAACCACAAAUGGUGCAAAAGACUAUUUUACAGCGAUUCAAAGUCCUUCAGUAUCCUUGGUAUUGACCCCUGUGAUGGCCGCGCCGAGUAUGACUGCAAUAUCUACUGCACCUUCUGCACCAUAUUUACUGAAUGCACCUUCUGCACCAAGUUUAUCGAAUGCACCAAAUGCGUCAAAUACAUCAAAUGUACCAAAUGCAUGAAAUGCAUAAAUGCAACAAGCCACAUUUGGAAAAGGGACGUUCAGCAUGAAUACCUUAUCAGAGUUCUUGCGGGGGUUAUGAGGAGCUAUAGUUUAAUUUAUACCAUCUUAAUCUCCGGCAGUUUACUUCUUUGUACCUUACAUCUUUCUCUCUUACCCUGUUCUUCAUUAAAGCAAAAUAAAG